CCGUGUCAGUAUCUCGUUAAUAAUACACUUUGGGUACCUAUGACGGUGUGAUAAUAAUAUUUCAUUGUAUUAAUAUACAAAUCUGAAGGUGUAAUUUAUGAUUAAUAAUCACGUACCGUUCGACCGAUCCAGACCCGUGAAGUUGAGUCAGUUUGUUUUUGUCGUUUUCAUUCCAUCUGACACCGCGAACGAGGGAAGACAACAAAUAUAACGUACGAUUGCAUACAAGUUAUCGUUAACUUUAACAAGUGCAAGUAAAAUACGGUUUUAAACGAAUGAUCUAUUUUGUCGAUACAAUACUGUUAUAUAGUUAGUAUGUAGACGAAUUUGUCUUCGGUGGUGCAGUAUUUUUUUCUUUACGAUAUAAUAUAAUAUAUUCUGUUCUAUUAUAAUAUUAUAUUGGAGAAAAUCGGUUACGACGAAUAAUGACCACCGCGGACAAGACCUGCAUUUUGGACACCAUCAACAAGGGCGUACAUCUGUUAGGUGCCGUGCUCUUCACUUACUCACUCUACUAUUACUACACAUACGUCAACAUACCAGCCCAUCUGAACCCCCUAGAUGAGGCCGUCGGUGGAAAAUUCAAAUAUUUAACCUUCUGCAAUAUGGUCAUCCAAACAGUUUUUUACCUAUACGCGGUGUUCAUCGAUCACAUCGCCGUGCAUACUUGCUCGGCUAUCACAUCAGAAUCACUUAAAAGAAGCAAACACAAUUUUUUUACAAUUUUUGCAUUCCCGCUUUCUAUGUUCAUUACCUUAAGCUUUUGGCCAAUGUGGUUUGCUGACAAAUCUUUAGUUAUGCCUAUGCACUAUGAUCUAUACUUUCCGAGUUGGCUGAAUCAUGUCACACAUGCACAUAUUUUUAUAUUUGCGAUAUUGGAAAUGAUCACAACUUACCGAGAAUAUCCAUCCAGAAUUACAGGAUUGUCUGUUUUUAUUGCUUUUAAACUUUGCUAUUUGGUUUGGAUUAACUAUAUAUUUUACAAGAGUGGCAUGUGGGUUUACCCUAUUCUUGCGAAACUAAACUUACCAUUGAGAGUGAUGUUCUUCACCGGAACCUUUUUUUAUGCUCCAUUUACCUAUCUAGCCGGUGAAUAUUUUAAUAACAUCUACUGGGGCAUUCAUCCGCCUAAUAAAUCAUAUACGACAAAGGAAGAAUAAAAUGAAUAUAAUAUUAACAUGGCAUUAUACUCAAUUUUGUAUGUUUAAUGUUGUACCAGAAUGCCAAAUUUUUAGGUAUCUACUUAUAAAUCGCAUGUACCUAUGCGUUUAAUUUUGAAUUGUAUAAGAUAUAUCAAUAUUAUAGGUAUAUAUAAAUUAAAAUGUUACAAGUGUAUAUACAUACUAUAUACAACACAAUGCACCAUAUUAUCAUAUAACGUCUUAUAGAGAUACUAACUUUUGUCGAUUACCUAUGUUAUUUAAUACCAACGAACACUCUUGUAAUAAUCAGCUGCCAAGCGCUUAAUACUUAUUAUUAAGUUAUGAUAAUAUAAGUACCUAUACAUAAUGUAUCCACAUUAAAAUAUAUUCAUGGUAGGUAUAACAUUAAUUAAUCGUUUCGGAUUUACAAUUAAAUAGCAAACGAGUGGCAGCUUUAAAUGACAAUUGCAUUAAAGCAUUAAAUACAUGUAGAACUAGUGUACCUAUGAAGUAUCUAUCGACUACCUGGUUACCUAUGUACUAUAGCGUCAUGACAGUCAUAUGUGUAAUUGUUGUAAUUGGAUUUGUGAUGUGUAAACUUUCAAACGUAUCUAUACAAUUAUUAUUUUCAUUUUUUUAUGACUGACUGUUGGUGUAAAAAUAAAUAGGCAUUUACUCUCAA